CCCCCCUCCUUUCCUCCUGCUCCCUCCCCGGCACCCGACCCCCUAUUUCCUCUCCUCCUCCCCCCCGCCUCCCAGCUGAGCCCCAUCUUUGACCAUGUCCCGUCCGGAGUUCAUCGCCCCGCCGGAAGUGUUUUACAACAAUGUCGAGGCGCGGAAAUACACCUUCAACUCGCGAAUGCUCAACAUCCAAACGGAGAUGACCGAGCGCGCGCUGGAGCUGCUCAACCUCCCGGAGGACCAGGUGAGCCUGAUCCUGGACGUUGGCUGCGGGUCUGGCCUGAGUGGCGAGACCGUCGCCGACGCCGGGCACAUUUGGGUGGGCUUCGAUAUCAGCAAGGACAUGCUUGAGGUCGCGCAGGAUCGCGACACCGACGGCGAUCUGGCCCUCGCCGACGCCGGCCAGGGUGCCUUCUAUCGCCCAGGUGUCUUUGAUGGUGUCAUCAGUAUCUCUGCCAUUCAGUGGCUGUGCAAUGCCGACAAGAAGCACCACCGCCCGGAGCGGAGAAUGCAGCGUUUUUUCACCACCCUCUACACCUCGCUGAAGCGCGGUGCUCGGGCGGUUCUGCAGUUCUACCCGUCGGACGCGACGCAGGUGGAGCGCCUGACGGCGGCCGCCAUGAAGGCCGGCUUCACUGGCGGUGUGGUUGUUGACUACCCGAACUCCAGCAAGCGCAAGAAGUUCUACAUGUGCCUGUUCGCCGGCACGGCCGACGCACAGGUGCCGGCCGGCCUGCGGGACGACGGCACCCCCCAGACGGUGGAUGCUGGAGACAUCACUUUUCGCCGUGGCGCGCACCGUCGCAUCCGGAGCUCCGACCGUCCGACCAAGGGGUCGCGCGAGUGGAUCAUGGCCAAGAAGGAGCUGUACCGCCGCCGUGGUGUGGAGGUGGUCAAUGACAGUAAGUACUCUGGCCGUCGUCGGCGGCGCCUCUGAGCAGCCCCUGGCCGGGGAGGGGGCGGCGAGCAGGGGAAUGCAUCAUGUGCUCCCUUCUCUCUCUCUCCCCCCCC